AUGCUGACGGUCCACCUGAGGUACUGCUAUGGCCCUGAUGGAGAAGAAACGGCUGUCCGUACCUACCAAAGUCAGCAGGAGACAGCUUCGAGUACCUUGAGUAGCCCAGCUUUGGCGUCUGCCACCACAACGUCGGCCCCUCAAACCACAGCUGUAACAGACUGUCAUCUCCAUGACACAGCAAUUGUCUGCGUCGCCGGAAACUCUGCAGAAGUGCUGGUAUCAGCCCCAGGUACACCUACAGGAGAACCUCCGGCCCAGUAUACCGGUUGCCAUGGCCAUGGCGACGAGAACUUCUGUCUCGGCCCAGAUGGCGAGGAGGUCCAGAUCCUCCCAGAAGGCACGGUGCUGCCACCCGAGAAUCAAGAGAAUGGCGAGAGCGGCCAAGGAGCCAGUGUGAGCCAGGGGACGAAUUGCCAUUUCCACGCUGGAGUCGAACACUGCGUCGGCCCCGGAGAGUCUGAAAGUGCCUCAAAUACUUCGUGCGAUCGUAACGUACACGAAUACAACAUCCCAAUCCGAAUUGGGACCUUAUUCGUGAUGCUGACCACCAGCAUGAUUGGAGUCUUCGCGCCAAUAUUGCUGGGCCGCUUUCUCAAAGGCAGGGUGAAUAGCAUAGGUUUCACAGUGGUAAAGCAAUUCGGGACCGGCGUCAUCGUUGCUACCGCUUUGAUUCACUUGCUCACUCAUGCCGAACUCAUGUUCAACAAUGAAUGUAUUGGCACCAUCACGUACGAGUCUACCGCAACAGCAGUAGCCAUGGCCGGUGUCUUCCUCUCUUUCCUAGUCGAGUAUAUUGGUAUGCGGAUAGUCAUGCAUCGGUUACCGCCAAGUGCGAACGUCCAAUCCGAAGAGAGAACGACAGCGGCUGAUGCCGCCAGUCAUGGAAAAGGUGAUGGUCUCGGUUUGGCAGAUCUAGGACAUCACCACGGACUGUCCUUGGAGAAUUCCAAAUUGAGCGUUCUGGUGAUGGAAGCAGGAAUCAUAUUUCACUCUAUACUGAUUGGGGUAACCCUCGUAGUGGCUGGCGACUCCUUCUAUAUAACUCUUUUCAUCGUGGUUGUCUUUCACCAAGCCUUUGAAGGUCUCGCACUUGGGGCCCGAAUUGCCGCUUUGCCAGACACGAGCACCCCAUUCUUUCCCAUGAAGCUCGUCAUGGCCCUAGCUUUUGCACUCGUCACGCCGGUGGGCAUGGCCAUCGGCCUAGGAGUCUUGCAGAACUUCAAUGGCAAUGAUGCUAACACCCUCGUCGCAAUGGGCACCCUCGACGCUCUGUCGGCGGGCAUCCUGCUUUGGGUGGGCAUUGUGGAUAUGUGGGCGCGCGACUGGGUCUUACCUGGAGGAAGCUUGUCCAAUUCAGGAAUUGUGAAGACACUCACCGGCGCCGGCGCCUUGAUAUGCGGCAUGGUAUUGAUGGGUGUCCUAGAGACCAGCAACAAAUUUCUUGAGACAACUAGUACCUUGCAAGAAGCAGUCUAA